AUGACGGCUAAUAAGCCAGAAAUGGCCAACCUAGUCUCCCUUGUCUUUGUCGAUAAUGUCCUUAUGCCAAUAUUACUCGCCGUCUUGCGGCAUAGGCUCGAGUGUGACCUCCAAAGGCAUCAUGGACGCCCGAGUGUGUCCUCUCAGGUAUCGGUGUACUCCUGUCUGCCACUUUACAUUCCCGAUCAAGAACCGGCAAGACAACGAGCUCGUGGCUCAAUGGUUAGGGCGUUUGACUCUGAUCAGACUCUGACCUCCUCCCAGAACUACCGCCGACUCCCUAAACCUCCCCACGAGGGACCCCAGUGCUACAAAGGCACGAACUUCAACCUCUUGGUGACCAAGCCGGAAAAGGACGCGAACUGUUCCGUCACAAGUGAACCCGCAACUCAAAUCUUACGUUUUGUCUUCAAAGAGGGCAUGUGUUAG